UCCAGCCAACAUUGCGAUGACAGAGGGGAGACAGAACAAGAGAAGGAGAGAGUAACGGAGGAAGAAAGACUGACCAGAGACACCAACAGCAAAGGUUAGAGAAAGAUCAGCAAAAAGGUCCAGAUAUCCGAGGGCAGAUUAAUCGAGAAGACAAAUCAGACAUUCAGUCAUUUCUCUUUUGUUGAAACAGACCACCAUGGUUAAAAAUACGAUUAAUGACUAUUCCAAAGGGAUUCUCUUUGUCUACUUUGGGUCAUUGGUCUUCCAUAUCCUGUCAAGCUACAGCAAAGAGUAUCCAUACUCUCUGUUUUUUGUCUCUGCAAUAAUAAUCGUCUGUAGUGUCUCAGGCGCCUUUAUCAUUAUUUAUUGCUGCCUCCCUUCGGUCACUAAUGGAAGUCUGUGUGUUCUUUCACUAGUAUUGAUUGGGAUCGAAGCAUACAUCGUUACCUGGAUCCUUGAAACAAAUGUUAUUGUCAAUUUCAUGUUUAUUCUGCUGCAUGUCGGGACCGGGGCAUGUUUCCUAAUCAGCUACCAAACUCCAAGUAAUGAUGUUUCAAAAGAGCAGCAUAAUGACCCGGAGUCCAAAUUAUCGCCUGAAAUGGUUGAUCACCCACAACAAGUUGUGAUUCCAUCAACGACAAAGAUAUUCUCCAGAUCGGGAGAAGAAGAAUAUUGUUGGCUUACUAACAGUCUACAAAAAACUGGAAAUGUCUCUCCAUUCUUCAUCAGCAACAAUAAUUUCUCUAACUUCCGCGAGGCAGCCUCUCGCUGUACAUUCGCCAUAUUGUAUCACUCGAAGACGAGAGGGAGGCUGAACAUUACUGAUGUAAAAGAUUCUCUCUAUGACAAGGAGUUAGAGUAUUUAUCACGUUCUGUAGGUAAAAAUCGAGUGGUGGUGGUGAUCGAUGACCUGGAGGACAGUGGUUUUGAAACAAAGUGCAGAAUCUUGGAGCACCAGCCAAGCCUUUCUCGUUUAGCCAAGGAUGUGUUCUUGUUUACAAGUGCAGAUAAGCAGAGUGGGAAACUGUGGAACAAAGUGGAACCUAUAAUUGCAUUAAUUCGAUAAGUCUGAAUUGUGUCGGAACGUUAGCUAGGGUUCCAGUCUCAAUGAUGACAUUCCAGAAGUUGCCAAGAUCUGUAAUGAACAGACUGAAUGCUGCAUUUACUUCUCACAACUCUUUUUAGUUAUGUAAUAAAGUUACCCUUUGAUCUCAUAA